AUGGAUACUUUUGAGACCACCGCUUACACCGAUAUACCGAACCAGCCGCAUCAGCAGCCCAGCACUGUAAUCAAAGACUCGCUGCCUCAGCUUCGAGAUCGUCGGAGGGAAAAGCCGCUGUUGUCAUGUACCUUCUGUAGGAACCGAAAAGUGCGAUGUGACCGUCAGCUGCCAUGUAAAACCUGCACGAAUAGAGGAAUCGGGUUAUCAUGCACCUAUGAGUUAGGCGGGCCAAGUAAGAGCAAAGGCAAAGUUAGUGUUGGUGAUCGCAUCCAGCAGCUCGAAGAGCUUGUUCGUUCCCUACUGGCGCAGCAGCAACAAAAUACGCCCGAUGUUGAUCCUGAUGGUCUCAUUCGAGGGCAUUCAUCCCAAACCAAGCCACCGCAGAGAAAUGGCAGUGCUGAAUCCCCCGCCUCUGCACUAUCACCCUCACAGCCCGGCAGCAUGCGUCUCAGCUCACAUGGUGUCGGUGCCAGCUACGUCGGAAACGUUCACUGGGCCGCUGUGCUCGACAGCAUUUCAGAGCUUAGAGACCAUUACGAGGAGGAAGAGGAGGCCCGCAUGCUCGCCACCAACGAUCAUGACCUUCUCCAAAACCCUGGGCCCAGACUACUAUAUGAGCCGGUUCAUACCACAAAAGCUGAUCUUCUUACCUCUAUUCCGCCCCGGCCUGUUGUGGAUCGUAUGGUCGCGAGGUAUUUCAACACACAAGGCGUUGUGCCAAGCAUACUUCACUGUGGGCAUUUUCUUCAAGAGUAUGAGAAGUUCUGGCAGGACCCCUCAGCAGUGUCUUGCACUUGGAUUGGACUCCUUUUCAGCGUAAUGUGCGUCGCUACACUAUGUCAACACUCGAUCGACGACCCAACAGAUCCAGAAAUUCAAGAACGAGUGCGCUUGUUUCGAGAACAGACUCUUCACAGCCUAAUAUUGGGCCAGUACACCAAAGGCGGGGAAUACGUAAUAGAAACCUUGAUUAAUUAUCUCAUCUUUGAGUCGUUCAUGUCCCAGAAUGAUGAGACUGGGCUGUGGCUUGUGCAAGGCCUCAUUGUUCAGCUCGCCCUGAGUCAGGGCUACCAUCGGGACCCCAACAACUUCCCAAGCAUUUCCCCAUUUGCUGGCGAGAUGCGGCGGCGCGUGUGGGCUGUCAUUGUGCAGUUGGAUCUUCGUCUCUCGAACCAGAUGGCAUUGCCGUGUGUUCUUAAGUCACAGCAGUAUGACACGGCUGAGCCGCGUAACUUGUUAGACUCGGAUUUCGAUGAGAAUACCCCUGAAAUACCUCCUUCGCGACCCGAGACGGAAGUAACACCUGUGCUAUACAGCUUGGCUAAGGGGAGGAUAGAUAAGGUAAUGGGACUGGUCAACGAUCUUGUCAACGACACCAAAGAGCAUCCGUACACAGAAAUCAUGGACCUGGACCAGAAGCUGCAACAAGCUGAGGCAUCACUACCGCCCAUUUUCAAAUGGCAGCCCCUUAGUCAAGCUUUCAUGGUGGCACCCGAGAUCGUUAUGCACCGCGUGUUGCUCCAGCUCGCCAUACAAAGACUAACAAUCUGGCUUCACCGGAAGUAUCUCGCACCACCGUAUACCCAGGCAUGCUUUCAAUACUCACGCAAUGCUUGCGUCCAAGCGGCGAUCAAGAUUCUCGAGUUUCAGCAGAUAGUGCUCGAUGAGACACAAGGAGAUGGCCUGCUGUAUCCUGCAAGGUGGGCCAGGUGGAUGCUCCUGUCCUCCCGGCCGAGGGCGGUUUUCUUGCUGGGCGUGAGUAUUCUGUGUUACUAUGUACAGCUGGCCAGGUCACGACCGGAUGUUUCGCUAGAAGACAGCACAGGGACAAAGAUUCACGAUCUGCUGCGCAACGCUUAUCCCCACUGGCUGCACUCUGCCACAGUAUCUAUAGAAGCUAGGCGGGCGAUUGAGUAUCUGAGCCUCAGACUAGGGUUACAGGAACAAGAAACUGAUGAACCUCUGGCUGCUUCUACCUCCGACGCGCCUCGGGAUACAGAUAUGUCACUUGAUCAGUUUACUUGGGACAUAUACGAAGGCAAGUCAUCCAAGUGA